ACGCGGGGCCCGGAGCGUCGCUGCUUGCUUGCUGGCGCUCGCGCCCGUCGGCUCAGCUGCAGAGGACGAAACAAAGGGAAGGCGUCCGUGCCGGAUCGGCGAUGGUGGGCAUUCCGGGAGCUUCCCAGUUUGCUGGUGAGAAGAGAGUAUCAGUAAUGCCAGGAUCCCCUGUGGAAGUCAAGAUACAGUCAAGAUCUUCUCCAUCCAGUAUGCCACCGUUACCACCUGUCAACCCCAGUGGCCCCCGGCCUGUUUCGUUUACCCCAGCAGCAUUACCUAAUGGGAUGAAUCAUUCUCCCCCUACUUUGAAUGGAGCCCCCUCACCCCCUCAGAGGUUCAGCAAUGGUCCUGCAUCAUCUUCCUCAUCUUCACUGACUAAUCAACAGCUCCCAGCUACCUGUGGGGCUCGUCAGCUAAGCAAACUGAAACGCUUUCUUACCACCCUUCAGCAGUUUGGCAAUGAUAUUUCACCGGAAAUUGGAGAAAAGGUCCGGACUCUCGUUUUGGCGUUAGUGAAUUCAACAGUGACAAUAGAGGAAUUUCAUUGCAAGCUUCAGGAGGCAACUAAUUUUCCUUUGCGUCCAUUUGUAAUUCCAUUCUUAAAGGCCAACCUUCCACUUCUUCAGAGGGAAUUGCUGCACUGUGCUCGAGCAGCCAAGCAAACCCCUUCCCAGUACUUGGCCCAACAUGAGCAUAUUCUGCUAAAUACAAACACGGCAUCCCCAGCUGACUCUUCGGAAUUGCUAAUGGAAGUAAAUGGAAAUGGAAAGAGGCAUAGUCCAGACAGAAGGGAAGAAAAUAACUUUGACCGAGAGCCGAUCCCAUCAGAGCCUCCUGCCAAAAGGGUUUGCACCAUUAGCCCAGCACCUCGGCACAGUCCAUCCCUGAUGUUGCCUGUCAUAAACCCAGCUGGGCAAUUUCACCCUACACCUCCCCCACUCCAGCAUUACACUCUAGAAGACAUUGCAACCUCCCAUUUAUACAGAGAUCCAAGCAAGAUGUUGGAACACAGGGAUUUGCGAGAAAGACAUAGCAUAGGAUUAAAUGGAGGCUACCAGGAUGAACUAGUGGAUCAUCGCCUAACAGAGAGGGAAUGGGCUGAUGAAUGGAAGCAUCUUGAUCACGCACUGAACUGCAUUAUGGAGAUGGUAGAAAAGACCAGGCGUUCCAUGGCUGUCCUCCGCCGUUGUCAAGAGGCUGAUAGGGAAGAGCUCAAUUACUGGAAAAGGCGAUGCAGUGAGCCCACCGAGCCACGGAAAGGAGGGAGCGAUAUAACUGUGCGGCAGCAUAGUCCUGGGAGCUCAGACUCCAUCAGCAGUGAAUCUCAGCGGGAGUUCAGUAGCAGGCCAGGAACAGCUGGUUAUGUCACGGAGGAGAUAUGGAAAAAGGCUGAAGAAGCUGUGAAUGAAGUGAAACGUCAGGCCAUGUCUGAAGUCCAAAAAGCAGUAGCAGAGGCUGAGCAGAAGGCAUUUGAAAUGAUUGCAACAGAAAGGGCUAGAAUGGAGCAGACCAUUGCUGAUGCAAAACGCCAGGCUACUGAAGAUGCUUUCUUAGUUAUUAAUGAGCAAGAAGAGUCUACAGAGAGCUGCUGGAAUUGUGGCCGCAAAGCCAGCGAGACAUGCAGUGGAUGUAACAUUGCUCGUUAUUGUGGCUCCUUCUGCCAGCACAAAGAUUGGGAGAGACACCAUCGAAUCUGUGGGCAAGGCCUGCACAGUCAAGUUAAGCCAGUGUCCUUAUCAGCCAGUCGGUCUUCGGCAGCCACCCUCAAUGUAGUUGAUGGAAUAGCAAGUCCAGCUCUAGAAAAAACAUCCGCAACCACUUCUCGAUCCUCCACUCCAGCCUCUGUAACAGCAGUAGAUACAAAUGCACUCUAAAAGGGAAUGCUGCAUUCAAUACGUUUUUGUUUGUUUCUUUUUACAUUGGAAAAGAAAAAUCUCAAUAUCAAUUUAUCAAAAAUUUGUAUUCCGGCAUUUUGGCAUUUGUUGGGGAGAGGAGUAUUUUCCACAUCAUUAAAAUGGCAUUUUUAGAAACCUAUUUUAGCCGUUCAUGUUGAGAUCUCAGAAUGGACUUACUGGUUUCCUGGAAUACAGAGGACCUUGUUUUAACUGAACUUUCUCAAAAGAUACACUAUAUUGUUAUCAGUUUAAGCUUCUAACGCGGAGAUUGUUCU